AUGUUUCCAAUGUCGAUGUCGCAAGGAACUUGUGAGAACUGCGCUCGACUAGAAUUCAAGUGCUCUUUUUCAGAUGUAGCGCCCAGAACAGAUUUUUCGUCUGUUCAGCGCCGACCGGAGCGACGACGUGGCACCCAGGCCUGCAUAGAAUGUCGCCAUCAAAAGUCACGCUGCUCCGGGGAAGUGCCUAAGUGCGCAACUUGUAUUUUGCAUCAGCGACAAUGUCGAUACCCCAAAGAAGUUCGAGUUUCCAGUGAAAAGCGGAAGGUCACACGGGUUGAAAAUGAGAGCAUACUUUCUCUCAUUUCUCGGGAGGAUCUCUUGCAAAGAAUAGAUGAUUAUUUUGAGCAUCUUUACCCGAUCCCUUCAUACGCAUUUCUGCAUGAGCCGACAAUUUGCCAACAAAGCUUGAAUGGUACUCUGGAGCCGUCGCUUGCAUUGUCCAUCGCUGCAGUGUCAAAGCUACUGGUAUCCAGCAAAGAAGAGAGUGCGUUAACAACAAAGGCAGAAUCGAUUAUCUGGGAACAUAUGGAAAACCCUUCCAUCAUUCAGCUGCAGUCUUUAGUGCUCGUCAUUCAUCAUUAUAUUCAGACAGGCCGCUUUUCACGAGCGUAUAUGCUUGCAGGGUUAGCAGCAAGAGCAGCAACAGCCUUGCGUCUUAACUAUGAACGACCAGAGCUGAGCAUUGUUGCUCAAGAGACUCGCCGACGCGUUCUGUGGGCUUUAACCUUCAUCGAUGGCCAUUUCUCUGUCGGACUUCCAGAAUAUGAGACUCUACCACACACAAUCAUCUAUCAGCAACUACCUAGCUCAGAAUAUCUAUUCACUGGGACUUCCCAACAAGCAGAAGGCCAGCACAGCUUGUUGGGUGCUUGCGUUCGUCUUUCCAAAGUCCAAAAAGACAUCAUGCGCUUAACUCGACAGUUGGCAUUGUCGGAGCAACCUCUUGCACAACUAAAUGGCCUAGUUCAAGAAAUCCAAAAGGAUCUAUGGCGUCUAAAAGCUGAUGUCGAGCGACCAUGUGGAUAUCAUAUCAACCGUCCGAUGGAUAUGAACCAAUCCCGGUGGUUUCCACGUUUUCUCCAGAUCUCCAUCUCAUGGCAUCAAGCACACUGUGACCUAUAUCGCCUGUUUCUCCCCGGAUAUCCAGAGGCAGCACCUCUGGUCAUUCUGAAUGCUAUAGAAAUCGACGUGAAAGAGCAUGCAGUUCGCCAAUGCGACAAACACGUCACGCGAAUCAACCAACUGCUUUCUGACCUAUUGGCCAGUCCACAUUCGGUCUUACCGCACUAUGUCGCCAUUUGCGCCUACCAAGCAACACGGCUGACUCUCUUCUUAUCCUGCUCACCGGAUGUCAGAAUAGAGUUGGGUAUGGCUGAUGCUAUCCAGAAAGCUCACACUGCGGUAACGUGA